AUGAGUACUGAAGAAUAAGAAAAAGUAAUCUAGGAAUAGCCUAUACUUGCAGAGUAAGCUCCUAAAGAAAAAGUUGACAAUUACAAAGUUUUGGACUGGGCUGUUGAACCACUCAAAGAUCUACGCUAAGGAAAAGAACAAAGAAAAUAAAGUGUUAAAUAAGUAGAAUUUGAUAAAGGAAGACAACAAGUCUUAAUCACCCUAGAGCAAGAUGAAAACCAUCCUAAUGAGCUUUAGAUAUAACUUACUAUUUUUGAAAAUGGAAUUCUUUACUUUAAAGCUAAAAAUUAAAGUAAUACUUGGGAUUUCUAAUUAGAUGAUGUUGUAGGUCCCUUACCAUUACUAAAUGAAAAUAUUGAUAAUAUCGAAUUAGUAGAUAAUGGAUGCCAUUAUCAUCUCCAAGUUUUAAAUGCAAACUUAAAUCUAAAAAUAAAUAAAUCUCCAUUCCAAUUGUCAUUUUCUUAGAAUAACCAUAACUUCCUUGAAAUGAACUCACUUUUCUGUGAUGGAGUAGUAUCUUCUCACACUCAUUUAUUCUCUUCUAAUCUCUAUGGCAUACCUGAGCAUCCCGAUCACUUUAAUUUAGUUGAUACUUCCAACGAUAAGCCAUACCGUCUUUAUAAUCUUGACAGAUACUUAUGGCCUAUCCAUUCUAAAGGAAGUUUAUAUGGAACUGCUCCUAUCCUUAUUAGUCAUAACGAAAAUAUAACAACAGGAUAUUUCUGGAGGAACUGUACAGAAACAUAUGUUGAUAUUUAAAAGUUGGAGCAAACAAGCAACGUGAAUUGGCUUAGUGAAAAUGGUGAAUUCGAGUUAGUUGUAUUUGCAGAUUAGUGUAUUGAAAAAUUCUACAAGAAGCUUGCUGACACUAUAGGAUAUUCUGUUUUUCCUUAGUUAUUUGCACUUGGAUAUUAACACUGCAGAUAUUCAUUUAAGGAUUAAAAAGAUGUAGAUUAUGUUGAUACAAACUUUGAUGAGUUAGGUAUACCUUACGAUGUAAUUUAUUUAGAUAUUGAUCAUUGUUACAAAAAGAGAUACUUCUCUUUUGAUAAAGAGCUAUAUCCUGAUGUAGAUUUGAUGGUGAGAAAGUUAGAAGGUAAAGGAAGAAAAAUAGUUACAAUUGUUGAUCCUCAUGUCUUAAUUGAUGAGGAAUACUAUGUUUAUACAGAAAGCAAAGGCUAAUAAGACUUUUUUAUAAAGAAUCCAGAUCAAACUGACUUUGUUGGUAAAUGCUGGCCAGGUGACUGUAAUUGGUUAGACUUUUUGAAUGAAGAUGUCAGAAAAUAUUGGGCAAGUUUAUACUCAUAUUCCAAAUAUAAACACUCAACAUCUAACUUUUAUACAUGGAACGAUAUGAAUGAACCAGCUGUUUUCAAGGGUAUUGAAGAAACUAUGAUUAAAGAUAAUAUUCACACUGUUAAGAACAAAGUUAAAAACUACUAAGUCCCUCACACAUUUGGCCAUAACCUAUAUGGACUCACCUAAGCUAUGGCUAGUUUCUAGGGUUUGGCGUAGAGAGAAAAAGAAAAUGAUUAAAAGAGACCAUUGGUGCUCACUCGUUCAUGGUGGGUUGGCUCUCAAAAAUAUGCUGCAAUUUGGACAGCAGACAGUGAAGCAAAGUGGGAAUACUUAACGAUCCACACUCCUAUGUUAUUGACAUUCAGCACAGUUGGUUUUCCUUAUUGCGGAGCUGAUGUAGGAGGUUUUGAAGGUAACCCUCCUGAAGAUUUGCACAUAAGAUGGUAUUAAGUUGGUGCCUUUUAGCCUUUCUUUAGAGGUCAUAGCUCUACUUUUUGUGAUAGAAGAGAACCUUGGUUGUAUAGUAAGGAAACUUGUUAAAAUAUAAGAAAAGCCAUCAGAACUAGAUAUGAAUUCCUACCUGUUUGGUACAGUGAAUUUUUCCGUCAUUAAAGAACUGGUCUACCAGUGAUGAGAGCUCUUUGGUAAAACUAUCCUAGUCGUACAGAUUUGUUUAAUGAAGAGUAGGUUUAUAUGAUUGGAAAAGAUGUUUUAGUUGCUCCUAUUGUAAGAAAGGAAUAAACUUCAGUUAAUUUAAAGGGACUUGAAGGUAGAUGGUAUGAUUACAAUAACAACUAUGCUAUUACUGAUACUUCUAAAGAUAUCGAAAACAUCCCUCUUGAUAUAAUCCCUGUUUUCUUCAGAGGAGGUGCCAUAGUAUUGCUCUAUUAGAUCCUUCAAAAUGAAACAACUUAUAGAUCUAGCGAAGACAUUAGAUAAAAAUGCCCUCUUUAAUUAAUCAUUUGCUUAAAUGAGUAAUAAGAGGCUCAUGGUAACUUCUAUAUGGAUGAUGGUUAAACAUUUAAAUACUCAAAAAGCGGAUAAUUUUGCGUUAGCAAUUUAAGCUACAAGGAUAAGUAAUUGCAUUUAGAUGUAGAAUCUAAAUUAUAAGACUAAUACUGGAUGACUGAAGUCAACUAGGUAGUUUUAUGCGGUUUAAAUAAUCUCAAUGAGUUAUAACUAAGCGAAAAUAUGACUAUUGAAGGAGACACUUUAAAGAUUACAGGAUUAUCAAUUAACCUUAAUAAAUCCAACAGUUUCCAUCUUUUCUGA